UCUGGGAAAUCAUAUCCGAUGAACAUGGUGUCGACCCUUCUGGAGCCUACCACGGAGAUUCCGAUCUCCAGCUGGAGAGGAUAAACGUAUUCUACAACGAGGCAUCAGGAGGAAAUUUCGUACCUAGAGCUAUACUGGUCGACUUGGAACCCGGAACAAUGGAUGCCGUCAGGUCAGGUCCAUUCGGACAAAUCUUCAGACCGGACAACUUUGUGUUUGGCCAGUCCGGUGCUGGAAACAACUGGGCUAAAGGUCACUACACCGAGGGAGCUGAAUUAGUAGACUCAGUUCUAGAUGUUGUGAGGAAAGAAGCGGAGACUUGCGACUGUCUACAAGGAUUCCAGCUCACACACUCCCUUGGAGGUGGUACCGGAUCUGGAAUGGGUACCCUCCUCAUCUCAAAGAUCCGUGAGGAGUACCCCGACAGGAUAAUGAACACCUACUCAGUCGUACCGUCGCCGAAAGUGUCGGAAACUGUCGUAGAACCCUACAACGCCACUCUAUCCGUACAUCAACUUGUAGAAAACACCGACGAAACGUAUUGUAUCGAUAAUGAGGCUCUUUAUGACAUCUGCUUCAGAACGUUGAAACUGACAAGCCCUACGUACGGUGACUUGAACCAUCUGGUAUCCCUCACCAUGUCUGGAGUCACUACCUGUCUUAGGUUCCCUGGUCAGUUGAACGCUGAUCUCCGCAAACUAGCUGUGAAUAUGGUUCCUUUCCCGCGUCUCCACUUCUUCAUGCCAGGAUUCGCCCCACUUACGUCAAUGGGUAGUAAGCAGUAUAGAGCCCUCACCGUACCAGAACUUACUCAACAAAUGUUUGACGCCAAAAACAUGAUGGCCGCCUGCGAUCCAAGAAAAAUGAUGUUGAGUCCCAAUAAAAAUACUCAAAGUUUGCGUAGAUCAAAUUUGGCAUACUUCAAAGUUCAAAAGCUCUAA